GACGGCGAGUUCCAAGAAGUCAUGGCGUCGAUGAGCAGUUCCAGUUGAAUAUGACGAAUUUGGCGUUCCUGUCGAUGGGGAGACAGGAUCUAGGAGCUGCUGUAUAAAAAGCGUUUCUCAAGGCCCUGUGUAAUGGGUUGGCUGGCGUGAGUCUCUUUUUAGCUGUGAGUCUGUUGAUUGUUAUCCUCCAUGGCUGAUCCCGAGAAGCUUGCAAGCGUCGUGGCGGACGAAGCCAGCCUCAAGGCUGACGACGAUGCCGCUCUUGGUACCAAAGCCGAUAAAGACCUCACGCUGGGCGAUGCGCUGCAGAACUACCGGCCGGCGAUUGCCUGGUCGGUUUUAAUCUCGCUGGCAACGGUGAUGGAGUCGUACGACAUGCUGAUCAUCUCCUCCUUCUACGCCUUCCCGCAGUUCAAGGAGAAGUACGGCGUCCAGCUGGCGGACGGCAGCUGGUCCGUACCGGCCAAGUGGCAGAUGGCACUCAGCCUGGCCUCGCUCAUCGGACUCAUCAUCGGUGUGUUUGCCAACGGGACGUUGGUUGAUCGGUAUGGACCUCGGCGGGUGAUCAUGGCGUCGCACGUCGUUCUGAUCGGCUUCGUCUUCAUCACCUUUUUCGCGCAGAGCAUCGAGGUCCUCUUCGCCGGCGAGCUGCUGUGCUCCAUUCCCUGGGGGUUCUUCGCGGCUGCCACCACCGCCUACGCCGCCGAGGUGUGUCCCAUGGCCCUGCGUGGCUACCUCACUACCUUUGUCAACCUGUGCUGGGUUAUCGGCCACCUGGUCGCCACCGGUCUACUGACAGGCCUCAUCAAAAACACCACCCAGUGGUCCUACCGCAUCCCCUUUGCCCUGCAGUGGGCGUUACCUGUGCCGCUCUUCUUCGUCACCUGGCUGGCUCCCGAGUCUCCCUGGUGGCUGGUUCGCCAGAAGCGCUUCGACGAGGCGCGUGUCUCGCUGCGCCGGCUCCUGUCCCGCAAGACCACCGACGCAGACAUCCGCGUCGACCGCCAUGUCGCCAUGAUCCAGCACCUCACUCGCCUCGAGCAGGAGAUGCAGGUCGGCUCCUCAUACCGCGAGUGCUUCCGGGGUACAAACCGCCGCCGUACCGAGAUCUCCAUGGUCAGCUGGGGGUUCCAGAUGGUGCCCGGGUUUGCCAUUCAAAACUACAUCACCUACUUUUUCGAGCUGGCAGGCUUAUCGUCGAGUGAAGCAUUCAAGGUGGCUCUAGGUAGCUACAGUCUCGCUUUCAUCGGAACCUGCUUCUCCUGGGUACUACAGGCUCAUAUAGGCCGGCGCACAAUCUAUAUCAUGGGACUGAUUGCCAUGCUGCCAAUAAUGUUGAUCGUUGGUUUCCUCGACUUAGCGCCGGCCUCAUCGUCUAUCCGCUGGGCACAAGCUGCACUUCUGCUCUCCUGGUUUUUUAUUUACGGAAGCACCAUCGGUCCCAUCCCCUACGCCAUCGCCGCCGAGGUCGGCGCCAGCAAGCUGCGUGUCAAGACCAUCUCUCUAGGGCGCAACAUGUACUACAUCCUCUCGCUGAUCAGCACGUGUGUGUCGCCAUACAUGCUCAACCCGGCCGACGGAAACCUUAAGGGCAAGGCGGCCUUUCCUGCCGCGUUGUUCACCCUGCUGUUGUUGAUCUGGGCGUACUUUCGUCUACCGGAGACCCGGGGGUUGACUACAGAGACCCUGGACCAUCUCUUUCACCAGAAGGUCCCUGCCAGACGGUUUGUGGACGAAGCGAAGAGAUACCAGGACUAGUGUACUAUUUACUGUAAUUAUAA